UGAAAAUUUCUCCUUAUUUGAAGUUCAUCUGACAACAAAUUCUCAUCCAUCCCCUGCCGCAACUCGCCGCGCCUGAAUCCAUCUCCCGGUAAACAGUCGAGAACUCAAUCGGACGCCGGAAUGGCUUUAUCCAGGCCGCGUUGUGUCAAUCUUGUGAAGCCGUUGUCAACGGCUGUCCGCCACCUAUCGGCGGAUUCCGCCGCCGCUAUCACCGUCGAGACAAACCUCCCCUUCAGUGGUCAUAACAUCGAUCCGCCGUCUCGCUCCGUAGAAACCACGCCAAAGGAGCUCAUGACCUUCUUCCGAGACAUGGCUUUGAUGCGGCGGAUGGAGAUCGCCGCCGAUUCGCUCUACAAGGCCAAGCUCAUCCGUGGCUUCUGCCACCUCUACGACGGGCAGGAGGCCGUGGCGAUAGGAAUGGAAGCCGCGAUUACCAGGAAGGAUUGUAUUAUUACCGCUUAUAGGGACCACUGUAUCUACCUUGGCCGCGGAGGAACGCUAGUUGAGACGUUUGCUGAGCUUAUGGGGAGAAAGGACGGCUGUUCGAAAGGGAAGGGAGGUUCUAUGCACUUCUACAAGAAGGAGAGCGGAUUUUACGGUGGCCAUGGGAUUGUAGGGGCUCAGGUUCCACUAGGCAUCGGACUGGCCUUUGCACAGAAGUACUCAAAGGAGGAUCAUGUGAGUUUCUCAAUGUACGGAGAUGGCGCUGCUAACCAGGGACAAUUGUUUGAGGCUUUGAACAUGGCUGCACUCUUGGAGCUGCCUGCUAUUCUUGUUUGCGAGAACAACCACUAUGGCAUGGGAACAGCAGAGUGGAGAGCAGCAAAAAGUCCUGCCUAUUAUAAGAGAGGGGAUUAUGUCCCUGGACUGAAGGUGGAUGGAAUGGAUGUCCUUGCUGUGAAGCAAGCUUGCAAAUUUGCCAAGGAGAAUGCUCUGAAGAAUGGGCCACUUAUUCUUGAAAUGGACACCUAUAGGUAUCAUGGGCACUCCAUGUCUGAUCCUGGAAGCACAUACCGCACACGGGAUGAAAUCAGUGGAGUGAGACAGGAGCGUGAUCCUAUUGAAAGAGUCAGAAAACUCAUACUCACUCAUGAUAUUUCCACUGAAAAAGAGCUAAAGGAUAUUGAGAAGGAAGUCAGAAAAGAGGUAGAUGAAGCCAUAGCAAAAGCAAAGGAGAGUCAAAUGCCAGAUCCUUCUGAACUCUUUACCAAUGUUUAUUCCAAAGGAUUAGGAAUUGAGGCCUUUGGAGCAGACAGGAAGGAAUUGAGGGCAACACUUCCCUGAGAAGAGGUCUGUACAAGUUCAUCAAUUGGCCUCUCCCUUUGAAGAGAUAAGAAAAAGGUAAGCCGGGUGAAUAACAUAUGCGAUUUAUUACUCGUUGAACAUUUGGAUUCCUCAUUCAUUCAUUUAGCACCAUUGAUUCUUUGCGGUACGGUAGUUCGAUUAUGUUUUUAAAAAAAGAAUGUGCCCUCCCUGCUACCGGCAUAUAGACAUUUUUUUUGCUCAAUAAGGAAUUUGUACGAUGUACAUCGAUCGACUGCCAUUGAAUUUCGCUAUUUUUAUUGUUGUCUCGCUUCUAGCGGCAUUAUUGGUUGAUUUGAAUCUUUAACCUGACAUUAACGUCUUAUUGACCUAGAAGUCAUAGAUUCAAGUGUUAUUUUAAAAGAGAUUCAAAUGUUAUUCUCACUUAGAUAUAGAAAUUUAAUGUUCACGUGAUUUUGUGUAAUGGCAAAGCACUGUUUGUGGCGGGAGAAGGGAGGAGGAAUAGGGGAGCACGUGAUCACGUGGCGGCAAACGGAGUAGAUGCAACGGUGGUGUACUGAUCUCUCUGCCGUCAACGUCAACAUUAUUUACAAAGAGCACAUGCCAGCUGGCCAGCCCUUUGUCUCCUUUUGCCCAUCUGGCUCUCCCCCUCCAUCGAAGGCAAUCUUUAUUCU